GCCCUGCCAAGCGACGCACCAGCCCGGCCACUUCCGGCGGAAGCUCCCUGCGCCGCGCGUGUCACCGGAGCGACGCCAUGGCCCCGCGGGAGCGCGCCUGCUCCUUCCUCCUCCUCCUCCUCCUCCUCCUCUUCCUCCUCGCGGCCUGCGCCGCCGCCACCGGCACCGCCACCCCGCCCGCCAACGGCACCGGCAUCGGCGCGCCCGGCAACGGCACGGGGGGCGGCGGCGGCUGGCGGGGCCCGGGCGGCCUCAACGUGUCCGUGGUGCACCGCGCCUUCUACGUGCUGAGCGGCGUGUGCGCGCUCGCCGCGCUCUACUUCCUGGUGCGCGCGCUCAGGUUGAGGAAACCUCAGAGGAAGAAAUACGGCCUGCUUUCCAACUACGACGAGCACGUGGAGAUGACGUCGCUCGACAGCGACGAGGACACGGUGUUCGAGACGCGGAAUUUGAGGCGAUGAUGUGGGACCCAGGGCUCGCUCUGCACAGACGGACCCGGAAGGUGCACGCCCAGCUGCAGGAUCGCCUCGCCAAUUUUCGGGGGUUGUUUUGUCCUAACUGCUUAAAAUGACUGCUAAUUAACAGCACGAAAUGUUCUCACUGGGGGCAGGGCAGUGUAACCCUGUCUCCCCCUCUCCCGCGCGCCUCGUGUAGGGGAAGGUGGAGUGACAGGAGCCCUGCAGCAUGGGGACCAGACACGGGAAAGCUUUAAAACUCUUCAUAACAAACACGUGACUCUCUGGGGUGGACUGAACAUAUGGGACCUGAGUGUUCGAGCCUUGUCUUCUGGCUUGGGCAUUCCAAUCAAUAUCCCAUCUCCAUCCAUUCCCCACCCUCUACUAAGUAGGGCAUUCGAGCCAAAGUACUCUUGGGGAGUUGGGUACUUUCACUUGCCAUGUCAGUAUAUGGUCACUUCUUUAUUAAUAGACUCUGUACCUGGCUGUGUCCAGUGCGAUCAGUCAGGAGGGAUCCUCUUGCUUGCUGAGGGAUGGGUGCUAUGUUCAGUUAGUGUGGGCAGCUGGGAGGAUAGCUCAGGGACCAGUGCGUCUGGGGCAGCCGUGUUCUGGCUGUUGCUAUCAGCGCUUAUGCAGCAGCUUGGAGGUAGAAAUCGUGCUAUGGCAAUACAGGUUGUUACCCCUUUUGGAGAAGGGGAAAGAUGGCACUUGGCUAGGAGAGCGUUUCUCUGAAGCACCAGCAGUGACUAGCGUGUGCUCGCUGCGAGAUCAGCGGCGCGUCAGCGAACAGCAGCAAACCAAAGGACCUGCAAGCGUCGCCUGCACCGCAGAAAUGUUCGAUGGCUGCCCAGCUGCUGGACUCGGAGGGCUGUGAUCGUGCGCAGAAGGAUUAGCUGAGCACCGUGCUCCAAGCUAGAGGGUCUUGCUCCCUGUGCGGUUGUGACAUGUUCAAAGAGGAGGAAUAACCCUGAGGAGGAGCUGAUGCCGGAUCCCUGUGGACUGUCGAUCUUCACCUGAGGCAGCUCUGCUUCGACAGGAACCCCUCCUUGAGGGAGGGCCGUAGCUCUGGUGGUGUUCGGACUCUGGACUGCACCAGGCCGUCUGCCCAGCGGACUGCAGGGAAAUCAUCUGUACCACUGAGGGUUGUUGUGGGUCCUGUGGUGAUGGUGGGUGGGGAGUAUUUGAAUGUAUUACAAUCGUGCAGUGUGCCUCUCUGCCAGCACGGUGGGAACUAGGCUGGAAUGAUCCUGCUCACAGCACGCUUUCUUAGCACAUGGCUUCCACCCCUGCGUGGGCAGCCAGUGGGGUGACACUGCUCUUGGGCAAUGGAGGGCAGGACAGUCUUGCAAGCCUUAACAUGCUCCCUCGCUUGUGAAGGAGGAGUGCCUUUGUUACAGGAAGCCAAGGGGAGUCAUCCUGCCGGCAGGAGUUCCCUGGCUGGGGAGGUGCAGCUGUGAGGCCAGACUGCGGUGUUAGGCGUGUCCAUUAAGCAUCUGUGGGAAGGGAAGCCCUGGAAACAGGAUGGUAGCUUCUAGAUGGCAACGAUUUCUCCUUGUUGAAGAGGGAGAAGCUGGCAAUUAGGAAAGGAGCUCUUCCUCCUUCAGCAGCGCUGCGUGGUUUUGUACCAGCCACGUGGCAGCGGAGAGCUGUUGUCCUGGGAGCACCAUGCUCUUGGGGUUCAUCUACACAAGGCCUAGUACCUCGCCACUGUAGGCAAGUCACCCCUCUCCAUCCCACCCUGCGCGCCUUGGGGAGGCGCAGAUGCACUUCGGGUUUAGCAGCAAAAGUAUUUGUGGAAAUGCCUUCCCAGGGAGGCAUGCCAGCGCCUCGGCCUGCCCCAACCUCAGCUCCCUUUUAUCCUUUAAUGCUCAGUUUAAGCACUUUUUCCUUGCCCGUGUGCUGCAUUACGGUCAGCUGCCAUGGUCCAAGGCCCUCCUGCCCUGCAGGUCAUGCCGCCAGCUAGUUGAUUUUGAUUCAUCAGCUGCAUUACCUUUGCGCUCUCUAACAGGAGCUGACAUUUCCCUUAACUCUUCAGCCCCCAGCACAAACCUAAUUUCCCCUAAAGCUUGAUUUGCAGAGCCCUGAAGUCAGACAGUUUACUUCAAUCCUCUUAGUUAACCUGUGUGGCUCAGCAUUUUUGCCGUCAUGCUCAUCGGCUUUCCAUUAGCUGAAGCAAGGCAUUUUUUUUUAAUUUUUUAUUUCUUUUAUCCUUUAAGCUCUUGUUCCUGUUUGGACCAAGGGAGUUGGCAAGCUUUGAUUUUCCUGGGUUUGUUGGAAUGGAUGAUUCCAAGAAAAUAACGAUUGUGUAUUUUAACAUGUGGAUGAUUUAAUGAUUCUGGUGGAAGUAAAGGGGACCUAUUUUUUUUUUAAGUA